AUGUUAGUGUUGACACUGGCGCGAGAAGUGGCCCUGCAGGUUCAAACCGCUGUUCAGGAGCUUAGCAGGGAGUCAGGGAUUCAUACGGUGUGUAUCCUGUCCGGUUAUUCCAAGCCACCGCAGAUUAAGCAACUGAAGAAAGGCAUUGACAAUUGCACCGCGACUCCAGGCCACCUCAAAGCCUUCACGAUUAAGGACAUGGUGAAGGUAGGCCACUGCACGCUUUUGGCUACAGAUGAAGUGGACUGCAUACUGUUGGUGGGCUUCGGCGGGAGUAUUAAGUCCAUUACGGACAACACACGACCGGACCGCCAGACGCUCGUGAAGCUGGCGUACGCUAUACGAAUCAGUCGCAAGAGCUAG